CACCUCAAUUACCUCACAGCAAAACCUCAAGUGUUCUAGCAAAGCUUUCAUACAUUCUCCACAAGCUCGCAUUGCUUUCCUUGAUCGUUUCUUUUUUCUUUUCUUCCACAUUCUGUGAGUAGCGUUUGAAGCUCGAGUAUAUUUUAAGUUGCAAUGGAUAAGGUGACCAGAAUGGCAUCUGAGAGACCAGUGGUGAUCUUCAGCAGGAGCUCUUGCUGCAUGUGCCACACCAUCAAGACUCUGUUUAGUGAUUUCGGGGUGAACCCGGCGGUCCAUGAGCUGGAUGAGAUCCCGGCAGGACGUGAGAUUGAGCAGGCUUUAUCAAGGCUUGGUUGCAGCCCAACGGUGCCAGCCGUGUUCAUUGGUGGUGAACUGGUAGGUGGAGCCAAUCAGGUCAUGAGUCUUCAUCUUAAUCGGACCUUGAUCCCAAUGCUCAAACGAGUUGGAGCAUUAUGGGUUUGAUUAUUGGUAUUAUUAACCCAACAUGCACAUCAGGCACUAAUUAUUAUAAUAAACAUCGUGUGACUUAGCUUAGUUACAUAUAUAAUUAUAUGAUGUUACUGAGGAUGUUAGCGGUGUCGGAUGUUAAUUUUUAGUUUAUUAAUCCUACUGAGUUUCCUGUAUCUUGUACGUUGUCGUUUUUGAUAAUAAAGUUGCAGAUUUUUCUGCUGUUUUCUCA